AUGAGCUAGCUAAUUUUUAUAAACGCUUAGAACAGGGGAGAAAGGAUAUUUCUUAACAGCAUAUUUAAGAGAUUUUGUAAGUAGUUUUAAUUUAUAGCUGAAUCUUUUGAGACUGCCGUUGGAUGGAAAGAUGUGCCUAGUUUCUGUGAAAAUGAGGAUUGUGAAAGAAUAUCAAAAAAUAAUGUGGAGAAGGAACCUUAAGUUACUUUAAGAAUUUCUCAGGUGUAUGAUUCUGGUGGAUUUAAGGGAAUUGAUGACCCUGUGAAAUGCUAUUCUGGAAUUGAAGAUGCUGCAAGGGAGGAGUAAAUGAAAAAUGUAGGGUCUAUCUAUUUCUCAUCAUGGUAUUUGUUGAAAAUUAUUAACUUAUUAGGAAUGGUAAAAAUGAGAAAGUAAUUUAAGUUAAAGUAAAUUGGAGACAAAGGAGUGAGAUUUUAAGGAGAAUUAUGUUACAAAUUGAUCCAAAUAAUAUGUUUGGGAAUCAGAAUUUAAUAUGAAAAUGAGAUAUCAUUGUUUUAUAUGCAUAAAUAUAUAUUUAAAACUAACAGUUAAAGAAUUUGA